AUGAGUAACUGUUAACUCCUGCCCCUCUAUAAAAACGUUUGAGAGACACAGACCUCGUCCAGAUCCUACGUGAAUGAUGCGCAGUCAAAACUUUAAUCAAGGACAGUGGGAAAAGUGGGCAGCAAAGACGGAGGCGGGUCUAUCCACAGUGCGGGGGCCUCUGGCUGCCAUUGGAUUAACCAAGAGAGAAAUACUUGGGAACAAUACAAUGGUCCAUUCUCAUUCAGUAUAAUCCUUGUCGGUAUUGCAAGCAGUUUCAUAUGACUGCAAAGAAAAGGCUUCUACAAGCACCUCUCUCAAGAAGUGUUACAACUAGAGAUUUAAAAAAUACAAAUGUCAACUUCCCCACCAACCUCUUGCGAUUGGAUGCUCCUGGUUGAACAGAAGAAUAUAAAUGUUCGGGUUACAACCAUGGACGCUGAGCUGGAGUUUGCCAUCCUGCCCAGCACGACUGGCAAACAGCUUUUUGACCAGAUAGUGAAGACCAUCGGGCUGAGGGAAACCUGGUUCUUUGGCCUCCAGUAUCAGGACAGCAAAGGCUUCUCCACAUGGCUCAAGCUGAACAAGAGGGUGACAGCUCAGGAUGUGAAAAGGGACAACCCUUUGUUGAUUAAGUUCAGGGCCAAGUUUUACCCUGAGGAUGUCGCCGAUGAACUGAUCCAGGAGGCAACGCAGCGCUUAUUCUUUCUGCAGGUAAAAGAGAGCAUCCUAAACGAUGACAUAUACUGUCCACCUGAGACUGCAGUCCUCUUGGCCUCAUAUGCGGUUCAGGUCAAACAUGGUGACUACAGGAAAGACUAUCACGUACCUGGAUACCUGACAAAAGAGAAGCUGCUGCCACAGAGGGUUUUGGAGCAGCACAAACUGAAUAAGAAUGAGUGGGAGGAAAGAAUCCAGGUGUGGCACCAAGAGCACAAGAGAAUGCUGAGAGAAGAUGCCAUGGUGGAGUACUUGAAGAUAGCCCAGGAUUUAGAGAUGUAUGGGGUGAACUAUUUCAGCAUCAAGAACAAGAAAGGCUCCGAGCUAUGGCUGGGAGUGGACGCCCUGGGUCUCAAUAUCUACGACAAAAAGGACAAGAUGACCCCGAAGAUUGGCUUCCCCUGGAGUGAGAUCAGAAAUAUUUCCUUCAACGACAAGAAGUUCGUCAUCAAGCCAAUCGACAAGAAGGCUCCGGACUUUGUUUUCUACGUUCCUCGUCUUCGCAUCAACAAACGUAUCCUUGCAUUGUGCAUGGGCAAUCACGACCUAUACAUGCGCAGACGUAAACCUGACACCAUCGAGGUGCAGCAGAUGAAGGCCCAGGCCAGAGAGGAGAAGAAUAAGAGACAGAUGGAAAGGGCUCUGCUUGAGAGUGAGAAGAAAAAGCGAGAAAACGCCGAGAAGGAAACAGAGAAGAUUGCCCGAGAGACCAUGGAGCUGAUGGAGAGAUUGAAACAGAUUGAAGAGCAGACAAAGAGAGCUCAAGAUGAGCUGGAGGAGCAGACACGGAGGGCUCUUGAGCUGGAGAAGGAGAGGACAAUUGCCCAGGAGGAGGCUGAGCGCCUGGACAAGGACCGAAAAGCUGCUGUGGAAGCUAAAGCAGCCCUGCUAUACCACUCUGAAACCCAGAUCAAGAACCAGGAGAGCUUGGCCACUGAGCUGGCAGAGCUUACCUCUAAGAUCUCCCAGCUGGAAGAUGCCAAGAAAAAGAAGGACGAGGAGGCGAUGAGAUGGCAGAAAAGGGCGAUGAUGGUUGAAGCUGAUUUGGAGCGAACCAAAGACGAGCUGAAGACUAAACUCAUAGGUGUCCAUAUUCAGGAUUCUGUCCACUCCCACAUGCAUGAGCAUGACGAGACAGACGAGAGCAGCGCAGAGGCCAGCGCUGAGCUGACUUCCCCGGGCAUGGUCCGAGAUCGCAGCGAAGAGGAGAGAGUCACAGAGGCUCAGAAGAACCUGAGACUGCAGAAAAACCUCAAGUUCCUGAGCACUGAGCUGGCUGGAGCUGUUGAUGAGAGCAAAAAGACCCCCAAUGACCUGAUCCACGCCGAGAAUGUGAAGGCGGGCCGCGACAAAUACAAGACCCUGCGUCAGAUUCGCCAGGGCAACACCAAACAGCGCAUUGAUGAAUUUGAGUCCAUGUGAGACGGUCUGGUUUUUUAGGCCUGGAAAAGGAGAGAUAAUGAGUUGGACACACUUAGAGAUUUUAGAAGUGUAGUUGCAGACAAUUACUUAGUGUAGGUAGUAAAUUAAGAUGACGCAACAAUCUGACAUUGAAUAUUAUAUUGAUACUAUGGUUUGAUGCCUUGUCCGUGAUUUUAUAAAACCUUCAAUAGAGCACAUCCCCCAAGGCCAAACAAUCCUAUACAUCUGUCUUGCAACUAUUGGUAUUGUGUAACUUCAUUGGUUGCAUGUUGAAUGAAAUUCUGAUGUUUGCAUCACUAAAUACUACUGGUUUACUACUGGUACCAUUUGCAUUUUAAUAAGUAUAACUCUAUAAUGUGGAUUCAGCAUUUUCUUCCAACAGAUUGAGAUAUUAUAUUGAGAUAUAUGGAUAUACUGUCAAUAUGUAGAGACAAUAAAUAUCUAUAUAAAUCUAUAUAUCUGAUAUAUUAUCUUAUAUCCAGGAUUCAGAUCCUUAACUCAAGUAAAAGUAUUAAUUCCACACUUUAAAAAUACUCCACUACAAGUAGAUGUGCAUUCAAAACCUUUUUUAUCAACAAAAUGAACUAUAAGUAUAAAAUGUUAACUCACUCAGUGUAGUAAAAUGUUUUACUAUUUUACCUGACAACUAUGCAUUAAUAUUACUGCUGCAUUAAUGUGUAUGAUGCAUCUUACUGCUGUAUAUUUUUCUGUCGAUGUUUUAAGGUUGAGCACAUGAACUACUUUAUACACUGUUGGGUGGAUUAAUGUACAGCAACACAUCAUAUUCUAUACGAUCAUCAAAUGUCUGAGGGAACCAUGCAUCUGAACCAUGAGACUUUUAGCUCUGUGAUGGUACAUUGGCACGUGAAAAGCAAAUGAAGCUGUCAGACAUUUGUGGUUGAGCACAAAGUACAAUAUUUCCUUCUGAGAUGUAAUGGAGUAGAAGUAGAACGUUGCAUAAAUUCCAUUAAUAUUAAUGUUAACUACAAAUACCUCAGAUGUGUACCUCAGUACAAUUCUUGAAUAAAUGUACUUAGUUACUGUC